GAUGAUUUUUAUUAUUUUAUUAUAGAUAUAUAAAUUUAUUUAUUGUGCGCGCAUGCGUUUGUAUUUUAUAGUUUGAUGAUGGACCAGUUGGCUUGUGAACCUUUUAGUUAUCUCGUGGGUAUUGCGGCUAUUAGUUACUCACCACGAGACUCGGUCAUUAAAAUUAAUAAUCAAAUAAAAUAUUUAAUCAUUUAAUUUAUAAAUUAUAUUAACUAAUUUAUUAUUUAACAAUACUAUUAUUAUUUUAUUGUUUCAAUUUUUUGUCUUAUUCAAAUUUGAAAAACAACAUAUAUUUGUUUUUCAUUUUUAACAGUGAGUGUUGAAGAAAAGUUGUAAUAAAUUUUUAAUUAUAAAUAUUUUAAUGAUAAAUUUUCCAUGAAUAUAAAGUUUGUACAAGGUAUUUGGGUGAAAAUAAAACAAAUGGAAUUAUAAUAAAUUAAUUGAUAAUGUGAUCCAAGUGAUCAACAAUCCAUGAUGAUGAACGAAAAACAAAUGGAAAAAAAUAUAAACGCAAAUUCAGCAAAACCAAAGGUCACUGAUACGCAAACAAAACUGUUGAUUUAUCUUGUGUUUACACAAUUUAUAUUGCAAUUCAUUACCUUUGCCUAUUUGUAUGGCUAUGUUGGUCAACUUGAAAAUAAAAUAAAUAAACUUGAUGACAGAAUAAUUGUUGAUAAUCAUCAUAUAUCAUCAAUUAAAGUGAGACAAAAAAGAAGUAAUGGAUUAUCAUUACCAGGCAAUAAUGCAGUUGCUGAAGUUUUUAGAUCAAGGGAAGAAAAACAACAGUCAAAGGAAUCUAAAAGAGCAACUAGUCCACCAAAUGACAGUGAUAUGACAUCUGCAGGAGCUGCACCAAUAAGUGGUGGUAGCACUGGAGACAGCUGGGUCUGGCUAACUGCUGAUACUCGUGUACCAUUUGAUGCAAUGGACUCAUUGUGUAGAAAAUCAGCAGAAUAUUGUCCGCCAGGAUUGCCAGGUAUAGCUGGAGCUCCAGGUGUACCAGGUGAUCGAGGUUUACCAGGUUUAACUGGACCAAUUGGUCCACCUGGACCACCUGGAGUUACAGGUAGUGCUGGUAAACAAGGUGUACGUGGUGAAACAGGAUCACCUGGUCUUGAUGGACGUGAUGGAAUACCUGGUGAGCCUGGACUUGAUGGUAUGCCUGGUAGAAGUGGUCUUGAUGGACUUGCUGGUGUUGAUGGUAAACCUGGACGUGAUGGUACACCUGGUACACCUGGAAGAAAUGGCUCAGAUGGUAAACGUGGCCAAAAAGGUGCUGCAGGAUCUAUUGGACCCAUGGGACCUCCAGGACCUGCUGGACAACGUGGUAGUCCUGGAACACCUGGACAAGAUGGAAAACAUGGUAUACCUGGUAUCAGUGCUUGGAAUGCUAGUGGUUCCAAUGAACUUUUGAUUCCACCAUCUAUUUUAGGUGAAGGUCUUCCAACUCCACUAAUAACUGUUCGUGAAGGAUCAAAUGUAAAAUUACGAUGUGGAGCAAGUGGUACACCACCACCAGUUGUUCAAUGGUCAAAAACAAGUGGAACAGCAAUUCCCAUGGGAUCCUGGCAUGUUUCUUCUGUAAUUGGCCAGACUAUGAAUAUAACUGUGGUAAAUAGAGAACACAUGGGUGACUAUAUAUGUAUCGCUGAUAAUGGUGUACCACCUCAGGCAAGCUACAGAUUUCAUUUUCAAGUACAGUUUGCUCCAUUUAUUCGUGUUUGUCAUCAAAUAAUCAAAGUGCAAAUAGGAGGAACAGCAAUACUAGAAUGUGAUAUUGAAGCAUUUCCUGAGCCUUUGACAUGGUGGGAAAGAGAUGAUGGAAGAAUGCUUGAAACUACAUCAAAGUAUCGUAUGGAAAUAUACGAUAAACGUGACAUGUAUAAGUUUAAAAUGCGUCUAAAUAUAACAAGAAUAAAUCCACAAGAUUAUGGUUCAUAUCAUUGUGGUGCAAAAAAUAUUAUUGAUUUAACAAGAGGAACUUUGAUAGUCAAUGAUGGAGUUAAAAAAAUAAGUAUGGGUAGUGAAGGAAUUGGUGCAAAUCAUGAAAUAGUAUAUGGUAUAUCUCCACCAAAAAAAGUUGAUGUUGAUGAUAUUUGUCCACCUCCACAAAAUUGUGAUUCUUGUCCUAGUAUUAAAUGUGGUUACUCUGGCUAUGACAGUUGCUUUGAUAUCACACCACUCGUUAGCAAUUUUAAUUACACUGGUUUACCACCUCGACAACUUGAAGGAAUUUUGGAUGCUGUUGGAAAGCCAGUUUUUAAAGGUGACAUGGAUGACACACAUGGCUGUUGGAUGUAUGACACAUUACGUAGUGAUGGUAUCACUGAUAAACUUUGGAUCACACGUAGUAACAACACAUCAUUUAUUUAUGAAUAUAAUAGAAAAGAUGAUAUUAAAGCUGGCAAAGGACGUGCAAUAAAACUUCCAUAUCCUUUCAAGGGUAACAGUCAUGUUGUUUACAAUGGAUCAUUUUUUUAUAAUCCUGAAGAUCGUCCAACAAUUUAUAAAUUAGAUCUUGGAUUAUCUCAAUCAAAUCAUAAUCCAUUGAAUAAUGGAACAGAGCUUGAAUUGCCAAAUUUUAUACAUCAUAAAAAUAAUUAUUUGUAUUCAUUUGAUCAUGAAAAUACAUAUGUUGAUUUUGAUGUUGAUGAAAAUGGUAUGUGGAUAAUAUAUGGCCUUCCAUUAAAUUAUACAGCUGUAAUGAAAGUUGAUACUUGGCAAAUGAAACCACAAGCAGCAUGGAAUGUCAGUCUCAAUCAUCAUUCAUUUGGUGAAAUGUUUAUUGCUUGUGGAAUUCUUUAUGCUGUACAUAAUGUCACCUCAAAUCCAAUGGAAAUUAAAAUGGCACUUGAUUUAUAUAAAAAUUCAGUGCUCAAUGUUCAUCUUGUAUUUUCAAAUCCAUAUAGAAAAACAACUAUGAUUCGUUACAAUCCUAAAAUGAAGGAGUUGUAUACAUGGGACAGAGGAAAUUUACUCGCAUAUCCAGUUAAAUAUCAUGAAGGAAAUAAUACAUCAACAAAUUAAUUAUUUUUAGUUAUAUAACUUGUUUGUGAUUGACUUGAAUUAUUAAAUUUUCACAAGUCAUAUCUUUUUAUACCAAAAUAUUAAAUUAAUUAAUCAAAUUAAAGGUAUAUUGUUUAAAUUUUCUUGCUCUUUAGAUUUUAAAUUGACUUGUCAUUUAAAUAAAGCAGUUUUUUAAAUUAUCAAGUUAAUUAAAUUUAGCAUAAUUAUGUAUUUUAUUUAAAUCAAAUAAGCAGUAUAAUUGAAUUGUUAUAUUAUUUUAUAUAUCUAAAUAUAAAAUUUAAUAAUUUUACUUUUUUAAAUCAAUUUAAAUUGUCAAUUGGUUGACUUUUUAUCUUAUCCAUUUUGGCAAUAUUCAUGUAGGUAAUUAAAAAAUUAUCUAACAGCUUUUUAGUUUGAUAAAAAAUUUGUAUAAUAAUUAUUCUUUUAGACUCAUCAUGAUAGGUACAAUUUAAAUAUUUAAAAUUUUAUAUUUAUCAUAAUUAAAACUUCAAAAUAAUAAUACAAAAUAAAACCAACACAUGUCCCCUUUUUUUUCUUGUAAAAUUUAAAGACAUUUGAUAAAAUUUUGGUGUCACAAGUUCUUUUAUUAUAUAUGUAUUUUGUUAUCAAAAGGAAAUCAUUGAUUGACCGCUUCAGGCUAAAAACGAUAAAAAUAAAAAUUGGAAAAACACAAAAAAAUAUUUACUGCCAAGUUUAAUAUGAACAUGAUGAUCACAUGUUAUCGCUCGUCUCAUAUGUUAUCGUUUCUAUUUUUUGAAAAAAGCUAUCAAUAGAAUCAGUAUUAUAAAAAAAAAUAAAAAAACAGGCGAUUGAUGAACAUUGAUCUCGUAGCCUAGAUAUUAAUUUCUU